GAGGACCGGGUGAGCACAGGGUCACCGCCCACGAAAGGGAGGAGCAAGCAGCUGGGCAGUGGUAGUUGGCGAGGUGGGUCCUUCCUAGGGCUGGGCGGGGAGACAGAUGAGUAGGCUAUUGGAGGACAGGCACAAGUGCUACUGAAAUGCAAAUCCCUGUAGAUCUGGAAAAGGUCUGGCCCUGGGCUUGAUGCUUGGGUCUGGAACUGUGAAUCCUCACUGUACCUUCAGCUCACUCUAACCCUUAAGGAAGUGCUCAAGUCACUCAAGACGACUGGCCAAUCAGAGUCUUAACUGGACCUGCCAGUCAGAAGAGAAGGCGGGCUUUUCCGGGUGCCGUGGUGUAGUAUUCGCGUAGUAGCUAAGCCUUCUUAAAUGGUCCUGGCUGCUGUGUUCUGUGUCCUGUGUUUGGAUUCUGUGAGGCAUGUUCAGGCAAGCUCCGAAGUUGCGACAUGGAUGCAUUGACCUAUGAUGAUGUACAUGUGAACUUCACUCGAGAAGAAUGGGCUUUGCUGGAUCCUUCACAGAAGAGUCUCUACAAAGAUGUGAUGCAGGAGACCUACAGGAACCUCACUGCUAUAGGUUACAAUUGUGAAGACCAUAGUAUUGAAGAACAUUGUCAAAGUUUCAGAAGACAUGGAAGCUAUAUCCUGUGUCACAAUGGAUACAAGCCAUGUGAGGACAAGGAUACUGAAAGAAGCAAUGCCCCCCCCCCCAGAACAAUUAAGAUAUAUGUAGUAGUCCACAUUUGAGCAGACUUUCUCAGUGUGAUACAAGUUUAUAAUUAGUUGGUUUCCCAACUUCAUUGGGAAUAUAUCCAUAAAGUCACCUAGCAGAAAAUCCCUAUGAAUACUAGGAUUGUGGAAAUCCCUUUCUGUUUGUGUGUUGAUUCACUUGGCCGAUGUGGUAUGCAAAUGUAGUGUAUUUGACAAUAAAGGAAAGCAUAUGAAUGUACUCAAUGUGGUAAAGCUCGGAGCUCUUCCAUUUCUCUUCAAAUAUAUGAGAAAUCUCAUAGAGAUAAAGGAUGCUACAAAUGUGAGCCAUGUAAUAACACUUUUACCAACCCAUAAUGAAUGGGAAACCAUGAGUGUAAACAAAGUGAUACAACCUUAAGAUGUGAUUCUUCUUUACAAUUAGACCAAAUUAUAAAAUUAAUUUCCACAGGUAAAAAGAUUCAUUAGGGGCUGGAGAGAUGGCUCAGCGGUUAAGAGCGCCCUACCGCUCUUCCAGAAGUCAUGAGUUCAAUUCCCAGCAACCACAUGGUGGCUCACAACCAUCUGUAAAGAGAUCUGAUGCCCUCUUCUGGUGUAUCUGAAGACAGCUACAGUGUACUUAUAUAUAAUAAAUAAAUAAAUCUUUAAAAAAAAAAAAAGAUUCAUUAGUUUAUUGAAUGUGGUAAAGCUUUCCCAUGUGCUAACUAUCUAUCUUUGCAGGCAUGAAAGAUGUCAUACUGGAGAGAAACCCUCUGAAAAUACUCAGUGUGGUAAAGCCUUUGCACAACAUAGUCAUCUCCAAAGACAUAAAAGCACACAUACUGGAGAGAAACUCUAUGAAUGUAAGCCACGUGAUAAAGCCUUUACAUACGAUUCUCAGCUUCAAACUCUUGAAAGAAUUCAUACUGGAGAAAAAACCUACAAAUGUAAUCAAUGUGGUAAAGCCUUUGAACGUCGUUGUAAUUUUAGAAGGCAUAAACUAAUACAUACUGGAAGAAAAUCCUACAAAUACAAUCAGUGUGGUAAAGCCUUUGCACGACUCAGUCAUCUGAAAGCGCAUGGAAUAACACAUACUGGAGAGAAACCUUACAAAUGUGAUCAAUGUGGUAAAGCCUUUGCAUCUCAUAGUUAUCUCCAAGUACAUAAAAGAGAACAUACUGGAGAGAAGCCCUAUGAAUGUAAUCAAUGUGGAAAAGCCUUUGUACUUCACAGUGCUCUUAAAACACAUGAAAGAAUUCAUACUGGAGAGAAACCCUACAAAUGCAAUCAAUGUGGUAAAGCCUUUGCAAGACCCAGUCAUCUCAAAAGGCAUGGAAUAACACAUACUGGAGAGAAACCUUAUGAAUGUGAACAAUGUGGCAAAGCCUUCAUAAGUUGUAGUUAUCUCCAAGUACAUAAAAGAAUACAUACUGGAGAGAAGCCCUAUGAAUGUGAUCAAUGUGGUAAAGCCUUUAUACGUUGUAGUCAUCUCCAAGUACAUAAAAGAGAACAUACUGGAGAGAAGCCCUAUGAAUGUAAUCAAUGUGGUAAAGCCUUUGUACUUCACAGUGCUCUUAAGAGACAUAAAAGAAUUCAUACUGGAGAGAAACCCUACAAAUGCAAUCAAUGUGGUAAAGCCUUUGCACGACCCAGUCAUCUCAAAAGGCAUGGAAUAACACAUACUGGAGAGAAACCUUAUGAAUGUGAACAAUGUGGUAAAGCCUUUACAUCUCAUAGUUAUCUCCAAGUACAUCAAAGAAUACAUACUGGAGAGAAGCCCUAUGUAUGUGAUCGGUGUGGUAAAGCCUUUGCAUAUCAUGGUUAUCUCCAAGUACAUAAAAGAAUACAUAGUGGAGAGAAGCCCUAUGUAUGUGAUCGGUGUGAUAAAGCCUUUGCAUAUCAUAGUUAUCUCCAAGUACAUAAAAGAAUACAUACUGGAGAGAAUCUCUAUGAAUGUGAUCAAUGUGGUAAAGCCUUUGCAUCUCAUAGUUCUCUCCAAGUACAUAAAAGAAUACAUACUGGAGAGAAGCCCUAUGAAUGUAAUCAAUGUGGUAAAGCCUUUGUAGGUCAGAAUAAACUUAAAAGGCAUGAAAGAAUUCAUACUGGAGAGAAACCUUACAAAUGUAAUGAAUGUGGUAAAGCCUUUGUAUGUAACGCUUAUCUCCGAAAACAUAAAGCAACACAUACUACAGUGAAACCUUAUGAAUGUAAGUAAUUUAGUAAAUUCUUUGCCUCUCAUGAUCAACUUUGACAACAUGAAAGAAUUCAUACUGGAAAGAAACCUUAUGAAUGUAGUCAAUAUGGUAAAGCAUUUUCACAAUCAAGCCACCUCCAACUACAUAAAAGAAAACAUACAUACUAAAGAGUAACCCUAUGAAUGUAACCAGUGUAGUAAAGCCUUUACUGUGAUCUUCAAGGGUAUGGUGGUUUAAAUAUACUUGGCCCAUGGCAAGUGUCAGUGUUAGGAGGUAUGGCCGUUUUGGAGUAGAUGUGGCCUUUGAGGAAGUAUGUCACUGUGGAGAGGGGAUGGGCUUUCAGACCCCAUGCUUAAACUCUGCCCAGGGCAGAAGAGUCUUCUGGCUGCCUUCUGAUCAAGAUGUAGAACUCUCUCCUCCAGCACCAUGUCUGCUCGGACACUGACAUUUCUUCCACCUUGAUAAUAGACUGAACCUCUGAAUCUGUAUACCUCCCCUCCCCCCAAUUAAAUGUCCUUUCUAAGA